UUCAAGAUGCUGGGCAAGAGAUGGUGGCGUCUUCUGUCACACCAGGAUCAGGAAAAUCAAAGCUGGACACAUUGCCCAAAGAAGACCUCAUCAAGUUUGCAAAAAAGCAAGUGAUGCUUAUACAGAAAGCAAAGUCAAGAUGUACAGAACUAGAGAAAGAGAUUGAAGAACUCAGAUCUAAAGCAGCUACUGGAGGAGCUGAUGAUAUUAUUCAGGCUCUCACAGAAAGACUGGAUGUUGUACUUCUGGAAAAAGCUGAAAGUCAGCAGCAGUGCUUAGCUCUGAAAAAAGAAAAUAUUCAAAGAAAGCAAGAAGCAGAGGCUGCAGUGGCUAAGACAGAAGAAUUGCAGAAGCAACUGGAGCAAUUAAGUAUUGACUCUCUGAAAGAAAGAAAAGCUCUGAAGAGUGAAUUAGCAAAUGCACAAUGCAAACACAAUGAGGACUUAACAAAGCUGAAAAUAGAAUUAGAGGAACAAGAGAAGAAACAAAUGGGGCUGGUGGAACAGAUUGAACAUCAUAGUGAUAGUCAAAAAGAAGUUAAAAGAUUACAAGAUUAUAUCCAAAUAAUUAAAUCUACUUAUGAGGAGCAAAUUUUGUGUCUGAGCAAGCAGUUGGAAACUGUGAAUGAAGACAAAAACAAAGAAGUGACAAAUCUGCAAGAAACUAUUAAAAGCAACUCUCAGUGUUACCAUAAUGAAAUCAAUAAUCUGAAUGAAGAGCUUAAAAAAUUAAAAACUGCCCAUCAGGAAGAGGUGUCAGAGUUGAUGCAUCAGAUUGAAAUAUCUUGUAAAGAAAAUGAAGAAAAGCAAAAUCAGAUAAAUCAGUUACAGCACAAUUUGGCAGAGGAGGGCUUCAUAAAAGAGAAAAAUGCGAAGGAUGAAAUGUGUGCUCAUACUGACCAGCGUGAGUAUGACUUGGAGCAGCUGAGAGAAGUCUUAAAUAAAAAUGUAGAAAGCAAGAUAGAUCUUGUAGACUCACAAGAAGAACCUUGUGUAGAAGCGAAAAUGGAAGAAAAGGUUAGGCACCUGGAGCAUAGCUUAGAAGAGCUCCAGUCCCAACAUAGUAUAUUAAAAGAUGAGUUAACUUACAUGAGUAAUGUUAAACUAAAACUGGAAGAGGAAAUCCAUCGCAUAAAGGACGAGUACUUUCAUGAGCGGGAAGACUUGGACUUUAAGAUAAAUGAAUUGCAGCUUACUAAAGAAGAUUACUGUGGUGUAAUCGAAAAACUGAAAUUGGAGCUUCAAGCAGCAAGACAGCACUGUGAAACCGCUGUGAAAGAGCAUAAGUUAGAAACUCAAACUCUGAAAGAGCAACAUAAGAGAGAAAUUUCUGAACUAAAUGAAACUUUAUUAUCUGGUUCUGAAAAAGAAAAGAUGGCAUUAGUUUUUGAAAUGCAGGAACUUAGAGAACAGCUUGAAAAGCUAACUCAGGAGAAAGAAGAAGCAGUGUCCAGUUACAACAGCCUGAGAGAAACAAUGGAAACUCUACAGACUGAGCUAGGGGAAUCUGCUGGAAAGAUCAGCCAGGAGUUUGAAUCAAUGAGACAACAGCAAGCUUCUGAUGUCAGUGAACUGCAACAGAAACUCCGAGCUGCUUUCAAUGAAAAGGAUGUUCUUCUUGAAACUGUGAAUCGCCUCCAGGAAGAAACAGAAAAAUUGUCAUCUAAUCUGCUAGAGAUAGAAGAACUUAAAUGUAAAAUUGUUAGUCUUCAGGAGGAGAAUAACACAAUAACAAGCUCCCUCACUGCUGUGAAAGAACUGGAAGAGAAGAUCGUUGCUCUUACUGAUCAAAACAAGGAUAUUUUAAAUGAAGUAAAAUGCUUGGGUGAAGAGAGAGAAAACCUUCAGGAAAGGUGCAAGCAAGAACAAAGAAAAGUUCAGGAACUUCAGCAAGAAGUAGGUGUUGCUAACCAGUACAACAGCGACCUGAAGAAAAAGGUGGCAGAAUUAACAGAGAGACUGAACGAAGCUUUAACUAGGAAGAGUGAAAAUGCUCAAACGCUAGAGCAACUGGAAAACCAGAUUGAAACUCUGGUGCGUGAAAGAGAGAACCUUUCAUCUGAAGCAUAUACUCUUCGUGAGGAAAAUAAGAAAAUCAUUCAGGAAAAAGGCGAAUUAAGUGAAGAGCUGGAAAAGUUUACAUCUGAAAAAGAUGGUUGGUUAGUGUUGAAAGAGCAGUCUGAAAACUUAGAAAAAAACCUACAAAUGAUGACUGCAGAAAAAGACCAUAUAUCAACAUUACUUGAAAGUGAAAAAGCGCACAGAUCCCUUGUAAGAACUCAGCUGUACCACUUACUUGAGCAAGUGGGGUCCAGCGUUUCUGAUGCUGAUGAAGAAUAUGAUUCUUUUAACUUGUUACAAAUUGCAAAUGAAUGCUUGGCAAAAAUGAAAGAAGAGCAGUGCCUUGCUGUACAGAACGAGGAGAAAGUUCUUCAUUUGCAGCGGGAAGUUGAGAGACUAGAGGAAGAAAAUGCAGCUCAAUAUGCAGAACAUAGAUCCCUGAUUCAGGAUUUUGAAAAAGAAAAGGACCUCUUGAGAGAAGAAUUGGAAGGAGUGUUGUCUGAAAAAGAAGCACUUCAACAUGAUAUCCAGGAGCUGAAGAAUGCCAGUGAAAAAACAAGGAUUGAAAAUCAAGAUCUUUUAGCUAAUACUGAAGAAAUCACUCAAAAACUUGCUUUUUAUGAAAGUCAAAUACAAGAACAGCAAAAAGGAUCAGAAAACCAAGACGACUUAAAUUUGAUUCUGGAACAAAAGGAAACUGAGCUUAGAAAUGUGAAAGACGAACUGAGUUCUCUAAAGAAUUUAAUGGAGACAUUGACUGAGAAAACUGAUCAACAGUCUUCGGUAGCAGAGCUUCAAGAAAAAAUUGGAAGGCUGGAAAAAGAAUCUGCAGAAAAAGGAGAGAAGCUAAAUAAAAUUAAGGUCGUUGCUGUGAAAGCAAAGAAAGAAUUAGAUGCCAGCCGAAAAGAGAUGCAGACUCUGAGGGAAGAAUUGGAGUUGGUUCGAUCAGAAAAAGAUCAGUUGUCUGCUUCAAUGAAAGAUGUCAUUCAAGGAGCUGAAAGCUAUAAGAAUCUUUUGAUGGAAUACGAUAAGCAAGGAGAACUGCUGGAUUCUGAAAAAGGCAGAGCAAAUAAUCUUGAACGUCAGGUAGAUGACCUCACAAGACAGCUACAGGUGUCAUCCCAGCAGCAUGAUCAGUUACGCUCUGCUAAUGAAGACCUCCUGGCUCGUGUUGAAACACUGCAAUGUAAUGCUAAGCUUCUGGAAGCUCAGAUACUGGAGAUACAAAGAGCCAAGGCAAAGGCUGACAAAGAACUAGAAGCUGAAAAGCUUCUAAAAGAACAGAAGACAAAGGAACAUAGUGGUGCUCUCCGAGAAAUGGAGGAGCUUCAGAUGCAACUACAGAAGGAAAAGAAACAUCUGCAGAAAACUCUGCAAGAACUAGAGCUGGCCAGGAAGGAUGCUCAAAAGAGUACACUGAUGGAUAUGGAAAUAGCUGAUUAUGAAAGGCUAGUAAAAGAACUUAAUCAGAAGAUUACUGAUAAAGACAGCAGAAUAGAAGAUCUUGAGCAAGAGACGGGGAUUCAGAAACAGAAGCAAGAGACCCUACAGGAAGAAAUAAAGUCACUUCAGUCAGCUAUGCAACAGGAUGAGGACAGAAAUGCCAAGAUAAAACAACUCCUGGUGAAAACCAAAAAAGAACUUGCUGAUUCAAAACAAGCUGAAAAUGACCAUCUGAUGUUGCAGGCAUCAUUAAAAGGGGAACUGGAAGCCAGUCAACAACAAGUGGAAGCCUAUAAGAUUCAAGUGGCUGUACUAACAUCAGAAAAGCAUAAAGUUCAGGAACACCUGCGAACUUCUUCAGAGCAACACCAGCGUACGUUGAGUACUUACCAGCAAAAAAUUGCAACCUUGCAAGAAGAGUGCAGAGCAGCCCAGGCUGAACAAGCAUCUGUUACAUCUGAAUUCGAGAGCUACAAAGUCCGUGUUCAUAAUGUUCUAAAACAGCAAAAGAAUAAAUCUGCUUCUCAGACAGAAUCUGAGGGAGCCAAACAAGAAAGAGAACAGUUGGAAAUGGUGAUAGAUCAACUUAAAGUCAAGCUGCAAGAUGCUCAGCAUAAUUCACAGAUGAAUGCGUCUGAACUCCAGGCGUUGCAGUCUGAACAUGACACCCUGCUGGAAAGACACAAUAAGAUGCUGCAAGAGACUGUUGCAAAAGAGGCAGAACUCCGUGAAAAGCUCUGCACAAUACAAUCUGAGAACAUGGUGAUGAAAACAGAGCAUGCCCAGGCUUUGAGUCAGCUGACAGCCCAGAACGAAGCUCUCCGGAACAAUUUCAGAGAUCAAGUCAGGAACCUGCAAGAAGAGCACAGGAAGACAGUAGAGACACUUCAGCAGCAAUUGUCCAGAGUAGAAGCUCAGCUCUUCCAACUCAAGAGUGAACCAAGCACUAGAGGUCCAGCUGUUUCAAAUCCAGCAACGAAGAACUUAAGAGAACGGCGAAACACUGACCUUCCUGUUCUCGAUGUGCACACUGUAGCUAGGGAGGAGGGAGAAGGCAUGGAAACAACGGACACAGAGUCUAUCUCUUCAGGCAGCACCUAUGUACCAUCCUUGGAACAACUUCUGAACUCCCCGGAAGCAAAACUUGAACCAUCUCAGUGGCAAACAGAACUCACCAAGGAUGAGCUGAUUCAGAAACUAAACACAACAGCGAAGAGUGCUGAUCACUUGAAUGAAUUACUUCGUGAAUCAGAAGCAACCAAUGCAAUCCUAAUGGAACAAAUAAAGCUUCUUAAAAAUGAAAUAAGAAGAUUGGAAAGAAAUCAAGAGAGAGAAAAGUCUGUGGCUAAUCUAGAAUACUUGAAGAAUGUUCUAUUGCAGUUCAUAUUUCUAAAAUCAGGAAGCGAGAAAGAAAGGCUGCUCCCAGUAAUAGACACCAUGUUGCAGCUCAGCCCUGAAGAGAAGGGGAAGCUAGUUGCCAUUGCCCAAGGUGAGGAAGAGAGUACCUCACGGCCCUCUGGGUGGGCUUCAUACCUCCACAGCUGGUCGGGACUUCGAUGAGACAGUGGAAAUGCUGAAUCUUUAAACACAUUCCACAGUUGCCGAAAGAGAAAUCUUAAUGUAGAAGAACAAUCUGUUGGUGUUGUAGCAUUGAACUACAGGGUUUUAUUUCUGUGUGUUAUUUUCAGCUUUUUAGGCUCUUCUAAGAAAGAAGCCCUCAGUAGCUCUGAAAGACUGUUCUAUAUUAUGCUCUGACAGCAGUGAACUAUUCCUCCUGUAAAUGUUAAAGCUGAUGAUCAGAAGUAUAAUGAGAAGUGACAAAUUAAUUGCAAAUUGCUUGGAAACAGAAUUUGACAAACCUGUGAUGGCUCUUUUGAUAUUGAUUUAAAAAACUUGAUCUAAUAUAGUAACUGCAAUAACUAGACUUUAGACUUAAAGCAUUUUAAAGUGUUUACAGUUUCUUUCACAUAGUUUCGUCAGCUUGCUAAUCUAUAUGGUUAGUGUUAUUCUCUGCAAGUUGAAGAAAUUAAAAUUGAGUUAUUUCCUCUCUGGUGAUGCUUACAAAACGUAAGAUCAUUAAGAAACAGAAACGGCAUUUUCUGCUUUGACUUGAUUAAAUUUUUAGUCUGGGUUUUUUGGGGUUUUUUUUUUUUUUUUGCAAAAGCUGGAUUGAAAAUAUGAAGGCAGCGGUCCACAAAACAUAGAGGGUGCCUAAGACUGUAAUGAAAUAUAAUGCUUGGCACACCUGGGGCAUGGUGCUAUAGUAGAGAUUAAUGGCAUCUGUGGAAGUCUUGGGAUAGUACACCAAGAAUCAGAGGUCGUAAGUGAGCUGAAGCUUUGGGAGAAAGGGCUUAAGCUAUGGCUUUUUAACCUGAGGUUGGAAGUUUGUGUUCAAGACUGGGAAGAAAUGUUUCAUUACUGUCGUGAUGCCUAUACUUAGAUGAAAAGACUACUCAUACUGACUUAGUCAUAUUGAAGACACUAAAGAAGAAUCUGAGUCUGGAGGUCAGACCCCUAACAAUAACUUCUGAGAGAAAAGGACAGAACUUUUGUCAAUAGAUGCAUCUUUUAAAUGUUCUAAUGAUUGAAGAUGUGUUAUCCUUCUCUCACUUCUCUGUGUUUGCACGUCAUUUGCACAAAUCUUACGCAUAGAUGAGAUAAUCUCUGUUCCAGGUUAUUCAGAAGAAUGUUUGGGUUUUUUCCAAGAAAAAUACAUCUCUGCCUUAGAAUUACUUUUUCUGUUAACAACACAACAUCUUUUUUUAGCUUCAGUCUUCUUUUUCCCCUUUCUAGUCCAUGCUGCCUUUCACCAUCUUAAUUUAUUUGUAAGUUAUUAAAAUGCGUACACACGUUUUUAAACCCUGCUUACCUUCCAACAAGAGUCUUUCCAUCUUUUUCACUCAUAUUUUCAUGCUCUCUGUGCUGUUUUAUAGUGAAUCAUUCCCCGGUAUACAUACCAAUGUGAAAUAGUAUUCUUUCUUUCCUAUCUAUCUUAGUUGAGGCUCUGAGGAAAUGAUGCUCAUUCCUUUAAUAUUAACCUUAUUCGGGACUGAGAUUAAUCUGGACAUAAGAACAGCAGAAAGGCAGCACAUGUUGAGAAUAAAGUGUUCAGUAACUGUGCUUUUGGUUUAAUUUUUUGCUUCUUGUAUAUAUUUCAGUACACAAUCAACAAAGCCAGCAGGCUUUAUUUAGAUGUUUUAAUUCCUUUCCACAGUCUUAAGCACCUUCCCCCGCCCCGAUAUGUGUUCUAACUGGAAUCUUUAUGGUUUGUGCUACCAGUGAAAACAUUUUCUGUGGACUUUCAGAUCACAGAACUGAUAAAUGGUAGUGUGGGGAUGAGUCUUUUAGGCAUCUGUAGUUUGGAAAUGUAGAUAGCAAACAUAAGGCUACGUUUAGGCUUUCUUGCAUUUGCUUUUGAAACGAUUACCAUAUCUUCGGCAUUCACGAUUUGCUCCAAAUCUCGGAUGUUGAAUUCUAACUCCUUAUUCACAGCUGGAUUUGGUUAGUGUCACUCAAAAGAAUGCCAAAACAGAGUGACAGGAGAGAUUUGAAAUAUGCAUAAAAAUAAGCGCAAGUCAUUCUCCUGCUGUGAUUUUAACAAUGGAAGCAUAUGAGUGGAAGGGUACGACUUUGCAAACUGAGUUUGAACUAAGUAAGACAGCUGUCCUGAUCUAGUCUCUUCUGCACAGUAUCUGCUCAGCCAUCUCUAAUGAGCUGUGACAAGUUGCUUUUAAAAUGCACGUAUUUCAGAACUGUAGAUUAUUUAACAUUGUAAGCUGUGAAUAAAUGCACGCAAGUAACAUACAUCACUGGCUAUAUUAAAUACCAGUUGCUUAUUGACUUCUUUCAGGUCUGAGUUGCAUGCUCACUGUUUUUAGUAAAACUCAAGUAUUGUACUUACGAAUGUAGUGGACACCUCUUGCAUUACUAUAUGUAUUUUUUUUUACGAUGGAAGAUUAAGAUCUUAAUUAAUGUAAAGAUAUUUUAAUAACUGCUACUAAACUGUGUUCUGUUGCUAAGAUUGCCAGAACUUACCCUUGUGGCAAUAAACUGUCUGUAGGCAAAUAUAUCAAAGUUUAAUAUGCACUUGCAGUAAAUGGCAUAGAAGAAUGUGGACUUGGAAGCAGGAUUAUUUUGCAUAGAAACCUUUUUGUAUGUCAUAUAUUUGCAUUUGUAAUGUACAGCAUUGUAGCUGUGACUUGCUUUCAAAAAGCAAUUUAAAAUUGUAACUAGUAUUGCUGCUUCUUGAUAUACUGUGGUGCUCUUUUUUGGAAGAGCACAGUGCUGACUUUGCUUUCUGGUUCUUUUGUUUGUUUGUUUUCUUUACGGUGCCAUAUUUUGGUGGGAUGUUACCCAGAAAAUGUAACCCCUGCCCAAAGAGUUUACAAGCUUAGGACCAAAUUUUACUCUUCUAUCAGCCUGCCUUCAGCCAAAGCUUAAAGAGGGCAUAAUAAAAAAAAAAAACAAAACAAAAACCACCAAACCAAAAAAAGACACUCUACUGUCACUAUGCAGAGUAUAUAUUAAUUAAAAACCAAAAAUGGGAGUGAUUCCGAGUUCACAGGCCUGUGUGUGCACUGUAGCUGCAUUUUUAAACUACCUGUACUGGCUGAACGGGAAUGAAUCAUGUGCCAUCCAUGUUCCCUUUACCCAGAAGGGAGACCCACCUGCGCAAGCGAAAUGCGCUCCAUUUGAAAGCCGGGAAGACCAGAGCUUGUCAGGCUGUAGCGCAGAUGUGGCCAGUGGGAUUUGGGGUUCAGGAUGGCCAAAGGGAACCCGCGUUAGAAGUGAUACAUGGGAGAGUAGAGUUGCUUUUUUCUUUCGUGACCCUCCUUCCCCAAAGCAUAAUUGAGAGAAUACAUGGUUAGAUUAUUUUCUAAAUGUAAAUCUUCCUUUGGCUGUCGCCCUCCAUCCUUUUGCUUUGAUAACAGACGCUAUAUCCUGGAAUUGUGGAGGAAUAUUUAAAAACUCUCCUUAGUUUGUACUAAGUGGCUUUGAAGGCAGCUUAACCACCUGUGCUUCAUUUGGCUUAUGCCUCGGCUUCACCCAGUGCACCAAUACUUCCUCAACUACCUGAUAGUUCUACUACUGCUGGUACUGUGAAAAUAUCUCCCUCGGGAGCCUUGCAAAUAGCAGUUACCGCCCACGAGCUGAGAAACCAAACGUAUGAAGAGGUACAAAUAUAUUUGUUGUAGUAAUUUCAGAAUUGCUAGUCUGAAUAGAGAAGUGUUUUGGUUGGAAAUGCGGCUUUGGCCUUCUCAUGCGGCCAUCACUUCAAUAAAAUUCACCUUUACCCAA